AUGUGUACAGUAAUAAUAAUAAUAAAUUAUUAAUAUUGUUUGUUUGUGUUGUUGUCGAGUCGAACUAUGUCUAAGCGCAAUAUUGCCUAUAUAAAACCACAAGAUCCAUCCUUUUUAGCAAAACUAAAGCAAGAAAUUGGUUACAAAGAGGGGCCAAACGUCGACACAAAGAGACAAAAACUUGAGAAUUUGGAGGACAAUAUUUCGGACAGUGACGAACCAGAACGUGAGGACGAAAAACCAUUGGUUGUGGUGUUAAACUCUGGUGAUCUUACUGCGCAAGAAGCUGAGGCGGAACAAAAACGUUUGGCCAAAGAAGCCGCUGAAGCCCGCGCUGAUUUAAGUAAGCCCAUAGUCUUUCGUAAAAAACAUAAUUCUAAAGAGGGUUCAGAUAUAGCACUAGAGACAUCAUCAUCAUCGAAAUCAACAAAGUCGUCAAAUAAGGACGAGAAGCGCAAAAAAUCGGACAACAAAAAAAGUAUAAAGUUAUCCUUCAACGCUGACGAAGAGGAGCAGGAGGAGGACUAGUAGGCA